AUGAGUUGGAAUCUGCUAGAGCGCUUUAUAGAAUCUGAGCACUUCAACCAAGAUCCGAGCCUCGCAGUAGCAUACCUCGCCCGGUAUGCAGACCACGUCGGAAUCCACUAUGUGCUCUGUUCCAAGCUGCGCCAGUUCGCCUACGAGGAGCUCGAGUUCUUCCUGCCGCAGCUAUGUCACCUCCUCAUCAGCAUCGACAAUGAGUCCAUGGCCCUCGAGGAGUUCAUAAUUGACUUGUGUGAGGAGUCGGUCAACGGCGCGCUUCUGACCUUUUGGCUCUUCCAGACAUAUCUGCACGACCUCGCAAGCGCUCCAAAUUCGGUCGCUUUUAAAACCUGCAGGAGAAUCUACAAUCGCGUGCAGCGCAUCGUCUUUGGAUCCGCCGAGCCCUCGCGAAGAGAGAAGAUCAAGGAGAAUGUAUUGCCCGUCAGCGUCCUAUCGAGCCUGGUUCUUGCAAGCAUAGCGGCGCCAUUUCUACCAGCUCAUGCCGGGCCACUGGCUAUUGCGCAGGCGCGGAAGCCUAGACCCGUCGAGGACAUCAUCUCUGAUAACGUGCAGACGGCCAAGGUGGGGAGGAGCAAGACGGUCACAGGAGGAUCGCCGAGGGCCAAGCAAAAGAGGGUAACCCAACAACAGCAACUUUCAGAUCCCGAGGACGGCCGGACAGGACGGUCACCGUCGCAGCGUCCCCGCGACCCCAAGGAUUUGAGGAAACAGGCCAUUCGAGCGCCCCCUGCCCAGCGCGCACCAUCAGCCUCACAACGACCGUCGCUGUUGUCUGUAACCCCCGAAGCCCGCCUUAGCUCGUCCUCGCUACCAGAAUUUCGAGAUACAGGCUCCUCCUCCCCCCUCCCUACGCCCCCGGCAACCGCUGGCCUAGGGCCGAGUCCGCUCCAUCUUGGUCCUCGCAAACAUUCGGCACACCCACCAAGACCCCUCUCGCCCACAUCAUUAACCCGCGCACAGAAAGUUCGGCUACUACGAUCCAAUUAUUUCCGGAACGAAACCCAAUUCCUGAGCGCUCUUGAGGAUAUUUCGAAUCGCUUAGUCGUUGUGCCGAAGCCUGCACGAUUGAGUGCUCUCAGAGCAGAGUUGGCGUUGAUAGCCCAAGACUUACCUGCUGAAGUUGAUAUACCGCUAUUGUCACCCCCGACCCUGAAAGAUGGAAUUCCUUCGCAGAGCCAGCACCAUCGAAUAGUGCGAAUAAACCCAGCCGAAGCUACCAGUCUCAACAGUGCGGAGCGAGUACCAUAUCUGCUCAUGGUGGAGGUUCUGGAAGAAGACUUUGAUUUUGAUCCAGACACGGAACAAAACCAGAAACUCCUCGAGAAGCUUAUGCUAGAAAAAGGCACUUCAAGACGGCGGCUCUUUGAUAUCACCAACGCUGACUAUCUUGCAUCAUACGACCGCACCCCACCAAAUGGAUCAGACAGUGUAUUCGAGCCUGUUACGGGUGACCUCGGUAGCACUUCACUGCUCAAGGAUACGGAUGAGACGGAUAUCGCCUCAGGACUAGCACGGGUGACCAUGCCUGUUGCAGCGGCCAAUAGCAAAGCGAUAGCACCAAGGUCCUCAAGUGGAGCCAAUACCCUAUCAUCCGUGGCCAUGUCCACACCUCGGACGUCCGAUUCGCAGAUCAGUAGAUCAGUCAGUCCUAUCCCUAGCAGAAGAAUGACAAUCCCUGCAAACAUGAACCGAGCAAGUCAGGCUGUCGAUCAGCCCGACUUUUCUGCUCUUGCAACCCACAUGCGCACUGCUGCUCAGAUGCUAGCACAACUAGAAGCAAGCGGUGCGAAGAGGCCAAAGGGUGAAGUAGCAGCAAUCAAAGCCAAGAUUAUUGCAAGCAUGCAAAGCCUCGAAGAACAAAAUUUCCUCAACGAAGACCAGAGUCCUACGUUUGAUUCUAUCAUGGCAGAGACAGACCCAGUGGUAAUCGCGGGAGAACCGGACGAAAUUGAUGAGGCCUUGGUGGUCACGCCCAACUCGGGAGCAGGCGCUGCUCGUAUGGAAAACGAUCUUAAGACUGGUGGUAUGCGACGAAAAGGCGACAGAGACGAUCCCAGCGCUGCAACUUUUGGAGAAGAAUGGAGCGCAAAGCGAGAGCGUAUACGGCGAUCCUCACCAUAUGGUCAUAUGAAGAAUUGGGAUUUGAUCAGCGUUAUCGUCAAGACCGGCGCGGAUCUACGGCAGGAGGCAUUUGCUUGUCAACUCAUUGAGGUUUGCGCCAAGAUCUGGGAAGAAGCAGAGGUGCCGGUCUGGACAAAGCGUAUGCGUAUUCUCGUUACCGGCGAGUCCUGCGGUCUCAUAGAAACGAUUACGAACGGCGUCUCACUGCACUCCCUCAAGCGAAGUUUGACACUUGCUAGUAUAGCAGCAGGCACCAAUCCCCGAAAACGCAUCGCAACUCUCAAGGACCAUUGGCUCAAGACAUUUGGGGAGCCCGACUCGGAAGCCUAUAUUGCAGGCGUAGCAGCCUUUGGUCGCUCCCUAGCGGCGUACAGCAUCAUAUGUUACGUACUACAGCUUAAGGAUCGUCAUAACGGCAACCUACUCAUCGACAACAUGGGCCAUAUCAUUCACAUUGAUUUUGGCUUCAUGCUUUCCAACUCGCCUGGUUCCAUGGGCUUCGAAGCUGCCCCUUUCAAAUUGACACAAGACUAUGUCGACGUCCUUGGUGGAAUCGGGUCGCCUGCAUUUGAAGAGUUCAAGACACUAUGCAAGAAGGCGUUUCAAGCGCUUAGGAAAGAUGCUGAAAGACUGAUCAUGCUGGUUGAUCUGAUGAGCAAGCAGAGCAGUAUGCCAUGUUUUGCUGCAGGCGCGGCCAGUGUAACAAACAGUCUACGGGCAAGGCUCAUGCUCCAUCUGAGUAGAGAAGAGGCAGAAAGCUUUGUUGAGGAGCUUGUUGCAAAGAGUGUGGGAAGUUACUACACCCGGCUUUAUGAUACGUUUCAGUACCGCACGCAAGGCAUAUACUAA